AUGCCAAUAAAUUUCCCAAUUUUCAGACCAUUUCUCAAGUCUGGGGCAAGUAUGUGCCUCUACAAAUUGCCAUUUUGGGAUGACAAACGACUACCUUCAAAUUCAUCAAGAACCUUCAAGCUAUUAUGCUUCUUCCUUUUUCAAGCACAUUCUUUUUACGUGGCCGUUUCUCUGAUCCAUUUGUUUUUGGUUCUUCUUGGUGGGGUCACUUCUUGCAUUUUCACUCCCAAAAUAGCCAAUAAGAGACGACCAAAGAAGAUCCGUCCUCCGUACCGGAGGUACACAUAUGGAUCCUCGGAGAAGGGUGACGAUCAGAAGACUGGGGACGAUGAAGACGAAGAAACCGAAGCUGAUGCUGAGGUUGUGGUGAACUUGCAAGCACAGAGCCAGACACCUGCUCAUUUUUGGACCUCUGCCGGUUCUCAAAAGAUAGAUGUUUUACGCAUCGCCCUCCAAGGAAAAGGAGAGGAUGGCGUUAAACUGAUCACCAAGAGCAUGGAAGGCUUGUCGCAUUCAAGUUCACCAAAUAACAGAAUGAAACUUCCGUUUGAGAUAAUACUGCACAUAAUCAGCCUCACUCCAAACCCACGCCACCUCAAAUACACCAUGCUGAGCAAGAGGUUCUACCACGCACUGAUACCAGACAUUUAUGCAGUGCCGAAAUUGACAUCACAAAACUUCAAACCGUUUGUGGAUACAAUGGCAUCACACAAAAGUAAGAAAACGCUUUGUCCCAUGGUGAGGGAACUGGAUCUCUCCACAAUCAUCCAGGCAGGUAAGAAUUCAUACAUAUCCAAGCUCUUGAGGAGAUGCUCUCCAAACCUGCAAGUAUUCGUCGCACCACAAACGAGCUUCGGGGUGUCUCCUCUGAUCAGUCUUAAGCAAUGCCAAAAGAUCAGGGUACUUGAUCUUGGUCUGGUUUCGGAAACGGUCAACCUCAAGGAAUUGUUCGAGUCGUUGAAGACUUUGCCGAACUUGGAGCAAUUGUCUUUUCCAAGGGCUUCUAUAUCUUGCGAGGAUUUUGAGAUGAAUUGGCCCUCGAGUCUAUGGUAUUUACGACUUUCAGGAGGAAUAUCAAACUCAUUUCUCAUGAAAUCAUCGUUCCCGUCUACUAUCUCGUGGCUUGAAUUCGCUCAUUGUCCUUACGUCAGUGACUCAGGGAUCCAGGCGCUCCUUUCGAAGAUUGGAGCAAACUUGACCCAUCUGGCUAUCCAUUACCCGAUGCCCGGACUUUCUGCAACAUGUCUCGACAAAGUUUUGUAUUAUUGUCCUAAUCUGAUCCACCUGAACAUCAACGUUGAAUACUUCAGCCGCGAAGCGUUUGACGAUGAUAUCCUGGCAUCCAUCGGGUCUUUAAAGAAACUGAGAUCUCUGGGUAUCGACUCCAGUGGAUUGUUGGGACAAGGCUUCAAGCUCGACCCAGAUGAUUUACUGAUUCCAAUUGCAGAAAACAGAUUCCCGAGGUUGAAAACUAUCAGAAUCUCUGAAAGAUUGGGAUGGAACUUCAAAAGCGAUAGUGUACAGCAGCUUCUGUCUGAGUUCCAGUUCCGAGGCGGCUCGAUGUACAGUUUUUGA